GAAAUUUACCAUCAUCUCGAAGGUCUUAAUCUUGCAGAUCUUAAUACUGGCGAAGAAGAGUUAGAAGUUGAUAUUUUGGUGGGAUCUGAUCAAUAUUGGAAUUUAAUAACUGGAGCAGUUAGACGAGGAAAUUCUGGACCCAACGCAAUGAGAACAAAAGUCGGCUGGGUUCUAUCUGGUCCUGUAACAGAUCCUGUGAGUGAGAAAACCAGUGUUAACUUGGUGAACACGCAUGUUUUGAAGUUUGCAACACAACCACUGACCCCUGAUGCAACAGAUAUGACACAAGAAUUACGAAGAUUCUGGGAACUAGAAUCAUUAGGUGUUUUCCCCAAUGACGAGUAAGUCUAUGAGAAAUUCAUACAAUCAAUCAAGCUGAAAGAUAAACGGUACGAAGUGGAAUUGCCAUGGAAGGAAUCUCAUCCUGUUCUUCUUGACAACUACCAACUGAGCGAAAAACGGUUGAAGCAUCUACUAACACAAUUGAGAAAGGAUCCAGAGAUACUGCAAGAGUAUGACAAUGUCAUAAAGGAGCAACUAAAGGAAGGAAUUGUGGAAGUGGUCGAUGAGCAACACCCUGGAGAAAUUGGUAAGGUCUAUUACCUUCCGCACCACGCAGUAAUACGAAGAGACAAAUCCACAACGAAGAUGAGAAUUGUAUAUGAUGCCUCGGCAAAGGACAAUGGCCCAUCUUUGAACGACGGUCUAUAUACAGGUCCUGCAUUGGCACAGAACAUACUUGAUAUUCUUCUUCGGUUCCGUUGUCACAAAGUCGCUCUUGUUGGGGACAUUGAGAAGGCCUUUCUUAUGCUGCAGAUCCAAGAAUCCGAUCGAGAUGUCCUACGGUUUUUAUGGGUGGACGACAUUAAAAAUCCCAACCAACGAUUACAACGCUACGGUUUACAAGAGUGGUAUUUGGAGUUUCCUCAAGCCCUUUCCUCUUGAACGCAACAGUUAAGCACCAUAUGGAACAGUAUCGAAACAUUGACCCAGAAUUUGUUGAAAAAUUCCUUGAAUCCAUUUACGUUGACGACUUAAACGCAGGUGAUGAAAACGACGAUGAAGCGUUCCUGCUUUACAAGAAAUCGACGCUUCGACUCGCAGAAGGAGGAUUUAACUUAAGAAAGUUCUUUUCGAACUCACCUACAUUGAUGAACCGAAUAAAUGAGAAUGAAGUCCAAUUGCUUGCAGACUGCAAUGAUGAACAAGAUACCCUCCAAACCAGUGAAGAUAUUAAUCAAGGCGAAUCGAGAUCAAGCCAAACUUUGAGAAUGGAACAUGACCAGUCAUACACAAGGAAGACAACUGGUAACUUGUCUGAACCAGUCGAGAAAUGCGAACAAAAGAUUUUAGGAGUUAAAUGGAACUAUCAAGAAGACUGUUUCGUGUUCGAUUUGGGACCAAUUGCUCAGGCAGCAAGGGAAUGCGAACCAGCAAAGAGGAACAUCAUCAGUAUCGCAUCGAAAUUCUAUCAUCCUCUUGGAUUUAUCUCACCCAUUAUUGUGCAAAUGAAGGUAUUAUUUCAGUCAUUGUGUGACAGUGGAAUUGAAUGGGAUGCACCCAUAACCGAGGAACUGAAAUCAAAGUGGUUAAAACUUGUUAAUGAUUUGCAAGAAACGAAACCAAUGACACUGCCUAGAUGCUAUUUCGUGCACAUUAAGGAGAAGGUCUUAGCUCGCCAACUUCACGGGUUCUGCGAUGCCUCAAUUUCAGCUUAUGCAGCUGUGGUGUACCUUGUAGUUACGACCACAACGCGGAGAUAUGCAACAUUUGUCACAGCGAAGACAAGAGUAGCACCGAGCCAGAAACAAACGAUUCCAAGACUAGAACUCUUAUCUGCAGUUAUCCUUUCACGACUUAUGAAGAAUACCUAUGAAGCACUCAAAUCUGUUCUAGAACUGGAUGAAAAUGUUGUAUGUUGGACAGAUUCGUUGGUCAGCUUAUAUUGGAUAAGAGGCGAAACGAAAAAAUGGAAACAGUUUGUCCAGCUGAGAGUUAAUGAAAUUCGAAGCCUUAUCUGUUCAUCAUCAUGGCGACAUUGCCCUGGCGUAGAUAAUCCAGCAGACAUCCCAACUCGAAGCAUCAAGUGUUCAGAACUCGGACAGUGUGAACUCUGGCGAAAUGGACCCCCAUGGCUGUCAGAAGAAUUGCAACCUAACGACGAAUUGAUAGACGAGCCUUCACCUUCGGGAGAAUGUUUACGAGAGCUGAAGAAGAAGCCACACCAAUCACCAACUGCGCUGUUAACCGAAGCGACAGGUCAAAGUGUAAAGAAAUUAAUUAACAUUGCAACAUUCUCGAAUUACCAUCGGCUUCUAAGAGUUACGGUGUAUGUACUAAGAUUUGUUCGAAAAUUGAAGGCCAACGUGAAGAGAAGAGCUGAUAAAUCCCAAGAAAAGUUGAAGAAUUCUUGGCUGGAAGAGAUAAACGAAGCUGAAACGCUCUGGCUAAAGGAAAUGCAAACAUCACUUCCCGGACAUUUGAAGUAUCAAGAUUGGAGACGGCAGUUUGGAGUAUUUGUCGACGAGAAGGGGAUAACUAGAUGCGGUGGAAGAUUGGAAAAUGCCAAUAUUCACGAGUCAGCGAGGCAUCCUAUCUUGCUCGAUCCACGACAUCAGCUAACACGUCUUAUCGUAAGAUAUUGCCAUGAAAGAGUGAAGCACUGCGGAACGAAGGCAACCUUGACUGAAUUACGGUCGCGGUUUUGGAUAGUUAGAGGCCGACAGUACAUACGAAGCGUCAUCUACCAAUGCGUCGUCUGCCGAAAACAAGAAGGAGAACCCUACCUUGCGCCACCACCUCCUCCAUUGCCAGAAUGUCGCGUGAAAGAGGACUUUCCGUUCGCUAACACUGGCGUAGAUUUCGCUGGACCGUUAUAUGUAAACAAUCCUGAUUCGAAGGUAUGGAUCUCACUGUACACAUGUUGUGUAACUCGAGCGGUACACCUCGACCAGGUGCCUGAUAUGUCAACCGAAGCCUUUCUAACAAAUUUUCAGAGAUUUUGCGCUAGAAGAGGAGUACCAUCACUGGUUAUAUCAGACAUUGCAAAAACCUUCAAAUCGGCUUCGCGAAAGCUUAUAUCUCUAUUUGAAUGCCCAAGAAUAAUUAACCAUUUCACCUCAUCAAAGAUCAAGUGGCCAUUUACGCUCGAAAAGGCCCCUUGGUGGGGUGGAUUCCACGAAAGAAUGAUCAAAUCAGUGAAACGAUGUCUACGUAAAACACUAGGGAACGCGCAACUUACGUAUGAAGAACUCCCUUACGGAACUUGUCGAGAUAGAAGCCAUUCUGAAUUCGAGACCACUAACAUAUACAUCAACAGAAGAUUGCGAAGAACCCGUUACACCAUCACAUCUCAUGCAUGGUCGAAGACUUCUUUCCUUGCCAACGCAAGACGAAGUGGAAGACAAAGAUUGGGAACCAACGUCAACGGAUAUUGCAAACCGUGAAAGGCACUUGGCUUCUCUACUAGAUCACUUCUGGAGAAGAUGGAAAACCGAGUAUUUAUUGGAAUUGAAAGAAGCGCAUACAGACAGAAAAUCGGUACAAUCGAAUAAAGAAUUGAUAAAGAUAAAUGAUAUCGUAAUCGUGCAUGACGAAAACCGUUCUCGAAGUCUUUGGCGACUUGGCAGAGUGAUGCACUUAGUUCGUGGUAACGAUGGUAAGGUUCGUGGAGCUAAAGUGAAAGUCGCUGAGAGGGCAAGAAACCAACAACGCUUCGACGUCCUAUACAAAAGCUGUACCCAAUCGGUAAUCAGGACAUAACCCAACAGAAAGUAGACAUGGACUCAACGACAAUCCAACCACAGAAAGAAGAGUCUAUAACUCAGAGACCUCGACGCGCAGCAGCAGUCAAGGCCACAGAGAAACGAAGAGAAUUGAUACGAACAGUUAUAAACAGAAAUUAG